AUGCUACGGUUACAAAUAUUCUAUCCGGACUCUUUUGUUUUGGUAGGUGCUGAGUACCGAGUGGUGCAGAAAUGGUUGUUGAACAACCCAGCACUGCUAGAGCUGGAUCCGGAUGAAACGGUCAAGAAAUUGUGCUACCUAAAGUACGUUCACGUAACGCCGGAUGAAAUUUUGGAACAGCCGCAGGUGCUUUUCAACCAUCUCAUUACGCUGGAGAACCGAACGACAAUUUUGCGCGAAUGUGGAUUAGUGGAAGGCCUCACGCUGAAUGCGAUUGGAAAUUAUCUAAAGCUAAUACGCAAAAGUAUAUUUUUGCUAAAGCGUAAUCACUUAAUUCCAAAGGAUUUGGACAUGUACGAACAGAUGAAGCGCCAGUUCGAAUGUCCGGUAGAACCGAAGCUAAAGUGGGACGAUCUCACGCUGCUGCAGGAUAUGCGCAUUUCGUUCUUCAACGAAUUUCUUACCAAACGACUAGACUUUGGCGGUGAAGAGCUCGCGAAGCUGUGGAAGUCAUACUCGAAAAUCAAGCAUAAAAGCUUCGGUCAUACGCAGCGCGUUAUCGACAUACUGCAGUACGAUUAUAAAUUUAGUCGCGAUAAGCUGGUCGCCCACAUGUACUUGCUUCAUGCGGAUCCGGAAAAUUUGCUUCGCUUUCCGGUGGAGGUACCAACGAUCGGUGGGAUCGAUCUGAAGGAGCUUAUCUUUAAGUAUCCCAAGAUUAUGAUGGUAAACUACAGCUCGGUGAAGCAGGUGACCGGUAUAUUGAAACAGUUGGACAUACCGGACGGGGAAGUGUUGAAAAGUUUGGCCAUUUUUACGCUCUCGCCGAAAACGAUAGAAUAUCGGCUGCAACGACUGAUGGCGGUAAAGGAGUUUGAAGUGCUAACGAAACAUCCGCGUGUGUUGCGAUUGAUACAGUACCACACGAAGGCUGCCAUAAGGUUGGAGUAUUUGCAGCAGCUAAAGGUGCGUUGCGCUUCGUUGGAUGUGCUGUCGAGUAAUUCACAAAACUUUGAAAGGUACGUCCGUGAAGGUUGUGACAAAACGAAAGGCAAAGAUACGGGCCAUGUACUGAAACACAUAUUCAAGGAACGUGGGGAGGCAGCACUGCAGCUGAUAAAGCGUCACCCAAAUUGGUAUCACGUGCCGGUACUGCAAAUGCAGGAAACGGUUGACACUUUGCUGAAGAAAAAGUUUACGUUGGAUGAUAUUUUUAACAAUAUGCACAUACUGCUUUAUCCACUGAAUCGAAUAGAAGAGAAACUUACCUUGCUUCAAAACGAUGACACAAAGCUACAGGAAGAGCUCGGUGUGGAGCUGUACCGAGCGAACAAAACCCAACUGUUGGCGUUGGCAUUGUACUUGGUCGAGUUGGAUUUCCAUUUUACCGGCGAUGGUGUGUGGCCGGAACAGGUACAGCAGAGUGAUUCGAGCUCGACGAUUACGGUGGAACUGCCGAGCAGUUUAAGCGGCGAGUACAAGUUUGGCAAGAAGCCACCCACCGCAAACAGUUCCUCGUGAUAGAAGGUGGGAAGAUUUUCGUAUGC